AAGUCAGCAUUUCCCAGUGACCCUUUGAGCCCAGUUCCAAGCUCCCAGUCCUCUCUAGGGAAGGACAGGCUGUUUUUCCUGCUGGGGAUCAGCGGAAGGAACUUCCACCAAGGAGCAUGAGGCUUUCGGGCACCUCCUGCGUCUUCCUCCUCUGGGUUAUGAUGAUGCUCCCCGGAGCAGGGGCCCAAGACUCCUGCGCCAGUCACUGUGGGGGCCUCCUCGCCACCUGCUCCUGCCAGGCGAGCUGUGAGAACCUGGGAAGUUGCUGCCCCGAUUAUUGGAGAUUCUGCGGGAAGAUCUCGCCCUCCUCCGGCUCCCUGCUUGGUGGGAAAGAUCUCACGCUCCUCAACGGGACCUUUGACCCCAGCGUCCCCGUGACCUGCAGGUUCGCCAGGACCACCGAGACCCAGGGAUACGUCGGCCGGGAUGGCCGGCUGCACUGCAUUUCCCCUUUGCUCUACGAAAUCGGCCUGGUCAGCCUGGAAGUUUCUGUGGACGGUGGGAAGACAUUUCCUUGGUCGGCAUCUUGGAGUUCAGUUCACCACAACAAGGUUCCCCCGUCAGAGAAAAGCACGCUGGUGAAUGAAACCAAGUGGCAAUACUACGGCACUCCGGGGACGGGGGGACCCCUGACCAUCACUUGGAACCCCGAGGUGCUGCGGUCCAGCCACGUUCACCUAGAAGUCUGGGGGUACAACGAGACAGGCAAGCCUUACUCUGACAGCUGGGCAGCUGAGUGGAAGUACCUCUACUCUCUGAAGAGGAGCCACCCAAAUGAGGGCCGCUUCGUCUUCCUGCCUGCUCCCUCUGCUCAGUACGGAGGCUGGGAAAUGGGCGCGUUGAGGAUUUCUGCCAACGACUCUUCCGAAGGGCAGCCGAACGUGGCCGCCAUCUGGAGCACGGAGCACGCCAUGGCCUGGCACCUGGAGGAGGCCUUCCGGAAGGACUCGGCUGCCUGGGCUGUGGCCAAGUGCCAGCAGUGGGACAGGAAGGAGGCCGACCUGCCCGGGUUUCUGGAGGAGAUUCCCGACUGUCCCUGCACUUUGGCCCAAGCCCGGGCUGACUCCGGGCGCUUUCACACGGAUUACGGGUGCGACCUAGAGAGAGGCAGCGUCUGCACCUAUCACCCCGGGGCGGUUCACUGUGUCCGGAGUGUUCAGGCCAGCCCCCGGUACGGCGCGGGGCAGCAGUGCUGCUACAGCGUUUCCGGGGCCCAGGUGCUGACGGGGGACUCCAUGGGGGGCAGCACCCCGGACCGAGGCCACGACUGGGGAGCCCCUCCCUACAAGAAGCCCCCCCGCAUCCCGGGCUUCUCCCACUGGCUCUACGACGUCCUCAGCUUCUACUACUGCUGCCUCUGGUCCGACCGCUGCGCCACUUAUUUCAAGCACCGGCCCUCCAGCGGCUGCCAGAGAUACCGGCCGCCCCGAGCCGCUUCGGCUUUUGGAGACCCCCACUUCAUCACUUUCGACGGCCUCAAUUUUACCUUCAAGGGCCUGGGGGAAUAUUUGGUGCUGGGAUCCGAACGGACCAAUUUGAGCGUCCAAGGGAGAACGCGUCGGGCUCAGCUGCUGAACGGAGAGCCAGGAGCUGAAGCCAACGUGACCGGCCUGUCAGCGAUCGCCAUGCGGGAGAAGGACUCGGACGUGAUUGAGGUUCGCAUCCGAGAAAACUCCCACGAGUUGGAGGUCCUGCUGAAUCAAAAGGCCCUCAAUUUUUCUGAACAAACCUGGAUGGACUUAAAAGGCCUCUUCCUCUACAGCAGCCCCGGGCACAACGUCACGGUCAUGUUCUCCUCCGGAGCCGGUGUGGAAGUCGGUGGCCGUGGAGGGAAGGUGCUGAGCCUGACCGCUCUGCUGCCGGAGACCUUCCGGGGCCAGACGGACGGUCUCUUCGGGCUGAUGAACGGCCGGCCACAGGACGACCUGACCCUUCCCAACGGAACAGCCCUGGGUGUGGCCAGCAGCGGCCCCCGGGAGCACUUCGCCUUCGGAGCAGAGUGGGCAAUUAGGAAUGAAACGUCCCUUUUCACCUACGACACCCAGGACCUCCGGGACACCUUCGUCUCUGGACCGAAGCACCACUCGUCUUUCGUCCCCCUCUUCUCUCCUCCCCAAGACGUCAACCAGACCCUCACGCAGCAGGUGGCUUCCGUCUGCCAAGCCGACCCCUUCUGCCGGUUCGACAUCCUGACCACCGGAGACGUUGCCCUGGGAAACGCCACUCGGUCGUCCCACCAGCGCUUCAGAAAACUCCAGGAGAGCUUAGAGCCAGUGGUUUCGUGCGGCUGGCUGGCUCCCCCCUCCAAUGGGGAGAAGAAAGGGACCACGUACCUAGCGGGGUCUCUGCUCCACUUCCGCUGCCAUCCCGGCUACAGCCUGGUGGGCUCGGUAACCAGGAGAUGCCAGGAGGAUGGGACCUGGUCGGGAACCCCCAGCAGCUGCGUCCCCAAUGCAGGAGCCAGCCUGCCUCGCUCAGCACUCGCGAUGAUCCUGAAGGCCGUCUUCAUCUUCUGGAUCGUCUGGUGACCCAGCUAGGAGGAGAUGCCGGCAGAAGAGCCUCUCUCCACUCCACACACCCCUCCCCUCACGAAGGCAACCAGAGGAGUCCC